CCGACGUCAUAACACACAACAAGGAAUGCAAGAAAUGCUGUUGCACCAGGUUACCGAAUAAGAACAAUUGAUUUUAGCAGUAUCGUACUAUGAUUAUUAUUCGAAACAGAAAUAGGAUAUUAAUGGCAACACAGUGUAAGAAAAAUCAAAAACUGAUUUCUAGUGUCGUUAGACGGUGAACUGUGUAAACAUUUUCAAACCUUAUUCUCGAUCGCCGGGCAACGUGCUGGCGAAUGGUUCGGCAGUUUCGCAUGCGCACUGCACUGCGCUGCAGAUGGUUCGGCAGCAAACCCACCCCGGACACUGCCGAUCUAGUACCCCGGAGCACCGUAAAGCGUUUUACGGCUACAGGAAGGGAAAGGAUUGCGCACAAAGCCACUACCUCAUGCUCUGUGCUUGACCCAUGCAACGAGCAGACCACGCACAAACCGACGAAGACGAUAAAAGGAAAAUGUGCUAUCGAGCGACAUACGGCGGGGCCACGAAUGAACGCGGUAAAUAUUCAGAUGCUCUCAUCGGAGCUUCAUCGGCAAAUAUUUGCAAGCGACCCGUCGGCACUGGCAAUCGAUCCGAUAGUGAAACAGGAACUGUGCCAUGAGCUCACCCGUCAUGGUAUCGACAUUUCAAACCCGAUCAUUUUGCCGGACGUGGACCUUCGACUACCGCCUCUGUGCGGUGCGACCAUCGAGGAGCAUUUCAAGCGUAUUGCAGAGGAUCAGAGUGGCCCUUACCGCACGGCCGUAAAUACGAUAGUUGAUAUCGUGACACCUGCACCGCCGCUGCCACAAGCGUGGUCACAGAGAGCAGGAUGGACAUGGUACAAGCCAAUGGCGGAUAGCACAACAACCGUUCCUACAACUGUACCGUUCCCACCCGAUGAGGUGCUCAUAUUCGAUGUGGAGGUCUGCGUACGGGCAGGCAUGAUGCCAAUCAUCGCCACGGCCCUAGGAUCUAACGGUUGGUACUCGUGGACUAGCCCUCUGCUAACAUCCCAGCGCCCCAUCGUACACACCGAUUCGAGUUAUAAGAACGCUUCGCAAGCGCUCCAACUCGAUGACUUGAUACCGCUCGAGAGUGAUCCUACGGCGGACAGCUGUCGUACUGGGGCCAGCUUCAAGCGACCCAGAGUUGUGAUCGGUCACAACGUGUCGUACGACCGGGCAAGAGUACGCGAACAGUAUUGGCUCGAGCCCACUGCACUCCGUUUCCUCGAUACAAUGUCGCUCCACGUGUGCGUUAGCGGCAUCACCAGCUACCAGCGAGCAAUGCUUAGGUCCAGCAAAGCGUCGCCAACAAACGACAGUGGGUGGCGUGAGCAAUGCUCACUGAACAACUUGGCUGACGUGUAUGCACUCUAUUGCGGCAAGCGACUGAACAAGAGCCAACGAGAUACAUUCGUCGAGGGUACGUUGGAUGAAGUGCGGGCAAACUUUGGUAACCUGAUGAGUUAUUGUGCGGAGGACGUGCGAGCCACCAAGGCCGUAUUAGUAAAGCUCUGGCCUCUGUUUCAGGAGCGCUUCCCACAUCCGGCAACACUAGCUGGUAUGCUUGAGAUGGGCAGCGCCUAUCUGCCAGUGAACGCGAGCUGGAAUCGCUAUCUUACGGAGUCGGAACUGACGUACGAUGAUCUGGACACCGAAGCAAAACAACUGCUGACGCAGCGUGCUGAUGCAGCAUGCGCAUUGCUGCACAAUCAGGCCUACAAGCGUGAUAUAUGGCUGUGGGAUCAAGACUGGAGCGUACAGGAACUGAAGCUGAAGGCUGCACGUAAAACCAAAGCCAAACCAACGUCCGACAAUGAACCACCGACCACCGUAGGACGAAGAACCGGUGAGCGUAAGGAGGCUGGCCAAUCACCGGACUGUGACGCGGAGGCAGAGAGAUUGGCUAAGCAGUUCCAGCAUCUAUAUGCGAUCGCAGACCGACUGCCCGUACGACGUCCUUUACUGCCCGGCUAUCCUGCCUGGUAUCGCGAUCUCUGCUCGAAACCUGAUACUGCCGAUUGGCGCCCGGGACCGCACCAGCGGAUUAGCACCGGGCUGCAAAUUGCUCCGAAGCUCCUUUCCCUUUGCUGGGAAGGCUAUCCGCUGCACUUCAUCCGAGGGCACGGUUGGGGCUUUCUGGUGCCAUACCGUCACCUUCCGAACACCGAAGCACAGACAACCGGUAAGAUACCACUUGAGCAGUUGGUAGCUGCCUGUCCGGUAGUAGAACUGCGCCAAACCACUGCCACCCGCAACGAAAGCGACGAUGUCUUACGCCAACUGCGCCGUGAUGUCGAGCAGUCGAUCAGUCGGAAGGACUACUAUCGGCAUUCCAGACAACCGGCCUCGAAGGCGCCUCCAAUAGCCUAUGGAGGGGCCGGUGUUUGGUGUAAUCUCGAGCUUGAAGGUUGCUGCUUCUUUUUGCAGCUUCCGCACAAGGAUGGCGCCGGUCACCGGGUGGGGAAUCCUCUGUCGAAGGAUUUCUUAGCCAAGUUCUCGGAAAACGUGCUAGCAGGGGAUGGACGGGCAGCCGAGCGAGUCGUCUCGAUCGCACGCAUGCUUUCGUACUGGCGCAACAAUCGGGAUCGUAUCCGCGGACAGAUGGUGGUGUGGCUUAAUGGAAACGGAUCAUCAGGGAGUGAUUGCGGUGCUAUCCUACCCCAGGUAGUGGUGUGCGGCACCCUAACCCGGCGUGCCUCCGAACCCACGUGGAUGACAGCCAGCAAUGCGCAGCGCGAACGGAUUGGGUCGGAGUUACGGGCCAUGGUGCAGGCACCGAUCGGCUACCGAAUCGUCGGUGCUGACGUCGAUAGCCAAGAGCUGUGGAUUGCUUCGGUACUGGGUGAUGCUGGCGUAGCGAGCUGCGGUGCACUUCACGGUGGCACACCCUUCGGCUGGAUGACUCUCAGCGGCACCAAGGCGACCCGCACGGACAUGCACAGUGUCACGGCGGCUGCAGUUGGUAUCUCGCGCGAUCAUGCCAAGGUUAUUAACUAUGCGCGUAUCUACGGUGCCGGCCAGCAGUUUGCCGAGCGGCUAUUGAAGCAGUUCAACCCGACCAUCUCGCAGGCGGAAGCUCGCUCUAAGGCAACCAAAAUGUUUUCCCUCACCAAGGGCCGUCGAUUAUACCGCUUGCGAGAGCAAUGGAUAGAGACACACCCGGAUGCUCCGCGGCACUGCACACAAUACGAGGCGCUCCGGCUGGCACGGCUCUUCAAUCACGCCAUCGAUGAACUCUUCUAUCCGCCUCAGUGGUGUGGAGGCACCGAGAGUGUCAUGUUCAACCGUUUGGAGGAGAUAGCGAGUGCGGACCGUCCGAGCACACCGUUCCUGGGCGGGCGGCUCAGUCGAGCCCUCGAGCCGGAACCAACCCACAGCGGAGACGUGGAUCGAUUCAUGCCGACGCGUAUCAAUUGGGUGGUGCAGAGCGGGGCCGUCGACUUUCUGCAUCUCAUGCUCGUCUGUAUGCGCUGGUUGAUGGAAGACCGGGUGCGCUUCUGCUUAAGCUUCCACGAUGAGGUUCGCUAUCUGGUAGCGGAACAAUACGCUCACAAGGCCGCACUUGCCAUGCAUGUCACCAACCUACUGACCCGCUCCUUCUGUGCCCAUCGCGUCGGCUUCAAAGACCUUCCCCAGUCUGUGGCCUUCUUCUCUACGGUCGAGGUAGAUCGGGUGCUACGCAAGGAGGCUCACGCCGACUGUCGCACUCCAUCGAACCCACACGGUCUGGAAGGCGGGUACCAAGUGCCGAAUGGCGAAUCGCUCGACAUCUACCAAACGCUGGCUAAACUUGGUCCGGUCGACAGCGAUAUGAGUUCUUGGGAAUGGCACAAACAACCGUUGAGCGAACAGCAACCGCCAGCUAGAGCAGACAACCGGAGCAACUCGAAGACGAGUGUUGCCACGUAGUAUUUGGUAAUAAAUAGUAUCUC